CAGACGGAGCCACACAUGUGGAUGUCCGCUUUCCAGAUCAAGACCUGUGUCGUGACGUGCUUCUGACCGGGUCACAUGUCUCUUGAUAUAGCAAGUCUUUGCCGCACUGACGAAAAGACAGAGGUAUGCAAAUCUGUUCACUCGAUAGUCUGCGCCCAUUUGAGGGAACAGACCCUUUGCCGCACAAACACUUCAAGCUUCGUAAACACCUUAGCAACCUUAACACUUGGCCCAGCGUCUGUCACCGGCCGCUCCUUUUACUCGAUCCCACCAUUGACCACCCCACCUACAGCGAAGCUGAUGCACUGAUUUCGUGGUCUGAGGCCAGAUGGUAUAAGCCGGGGACCAUAGCUUGCUUUUGACACGUUCUUCGCUCCACAUUGAGGGUUGGAAGAGCCUGAUGAACGAUUCCUUGUACUUGUCGAGACCGUAAAUGACAUAGGCAAUAGCCAAGUGUUCGACAAGGCGGUCCAUAUUAAAGCCGCCCUGGUUGGAGAAUGGCCACUUCUUGCCAUGUGAUAGCCCGUGGGGGAUCAAAAAGUCGAUGGCUUUCUUAAUGCUGCCCCCGCUCUUUGCAACGUAGUGGUAGUUGUCAACCUCAACAUUGGCGGCGACCCGUGCGAGAAGCAGCUGCGCAUUGAGGCCAAACAAGGAAUAGAACCACGACGUUGCUCGCUUUACUUCAUGCUUUUGCACGCCUGUGUGGUCGAUCUGCACGCCUAUCCUCUUUUCCAGGGCCAUCCUUGCCUUUCGGUUUGCCAGGUCCGUCUCCUUGAGGAAGAGCGCGGUUGAGAUGUACUGGACGUCAUAGAGCAGGCCGUGGUUAUUGUUGCGCGCAGAUUCUUUUUUGCCAUGGUUGCUAUUUGUUUGCCAGUCGAUGUAUUCCUCGAACCACGCUUGCAUCCCGUUUUCGUCCUGCUCAGUCCAAUGCUUGGAGUUCUUGAUGAGGGCGAUGCCAUCAAAGAGUUGAUAGGAGACAGACAUGUCGACAACUCCCUGUCUACGACCACGGGGGUGCCCCCUUACAAUCUGGGCAUACUCCAGAUGCGGGUUCAUGCGCGUGUCGUCGUCGAGGAACCAGACCCGUAUCUUUUCCACGGCAUCUUUGGCAUAUCUUUCGUCCUCUAGGAAGUAGUAUCCCAGCCCAAGCCUCUCCACACUCAAGAACAAGUCACGCAGGUUUUUGUAAUCCGGUACAGAGUGGAUCUCCGGGUUCGUUUUCCCAUCGAUAUUAAUAUAGGGAAGGCCGGAUGGAUUUUCCUUUGUGACGUUGGGCCACCAGUAACGCGCCAAACUCAUGUAGUCAUGCUUGUCCCUACUAGGGGGCCGGUCGCUCUUGUCAAGCACUGAGACAGGCUCCUUCUGAAGAAUGUGUUCGCAUUCGUCG